AUGUAGGGAUUAGCUCAAACUCCAUUUGACUUAUUUGAACCACAAUAAAGGUUAUUUAGACUGCCAUAAAAGAAGAGUGGAGUGCUGAAAUAAUAAAUUUUUAAAGAAUUUAUAGAAAAAGCUUAAAUAAAAAUCAAGAUCUUAGAUGAAGAAAAUGACAACGAAGUUUUAUUUUAUACGCCAAUACUAGAUAUAUCUAGUUUUGGGUAUCUUUCCCUCAUUAUAUUAAAAGAAUCUUCAUCUACCAUAAUACUCAAACACACAUUAUGCUACUGUAAUGGAAAACCAUAUUUAAUCAAAGAUCAUUAAAUAAGGCUGCUUUUUACAAGAUGCCUCAAUAAAAUCAACAAUAUUGAAAAGUUUUCAAAAUAUGCUAUGAAUCCUCGAAAUGGCGAAAUUUCUCUAAAAGAUGCACUUUUUUUUGAGAAAGAAACAUUUCAAAAAUUUAAUGAAUCUCCUUUAUUAGCUAUUAAACCUAUGCUAGAGCUAUACAAUCAAUAAAUACACAUACUCAAAUAAUAUACAAAAUUAAUUCUAGUUGUGCUUGAAGAAUUACCUUAAAUAUUUAAUUAAUACUCAGAUAUUAGUUUUUUAUCAUUGAAUCAAAUUAAUUUACAACUUUUAAAAGUUAAGAUGUGGUUAAUUGACCCAGACACUUUUGAAGAUUAGUCUGAAAUAAAUGAGUAAAUAAAAAGACAAUCCUAAAUAGUUUAAAAGAAAGAUGAUUUAAAAAUACUUAACGAGAUAGAAAUUAUUGGAGAUAUUUAAAAUAUAGAGCAGAUUAAUAAAGGAGGUUUUGGUUCAAUAUAAAAAGGCAAAUUAGAAUAUAUAAUGAAUGGGAAAAGGGAAAGCAAAUAGUUUAUCAUUAAAAAAGAUAGAGAAGACUUGCACUAUUAAGUGAAAAAAGUUCCUCAUGAAAUUAAUAUUUUGAAGUAAAUUAAAGAUGAGUCUAAUUUGUUCAUUGCAAAAUAUUAUUAUUCAAACUAGCCAAAAUAUUAAAAUAUCCUCUUUAUGGACAUGUACCAAUAUAAAUCGCUUGAUAUAUUAAAAUUAUAGUUUAGCUAAACUAUGUCAUUAAUAACUAAAUUAUAUAUUAUGUGGUAAAUCGCUUAAGGGAUUCAGUUUCUUACAUCCAAAAAUGUAGCUCAUCUUGACUUAAAACCUGCUAAUAUAGUCAUUUCAAAAGGAUAUUUAGCUAAGAUUAUAGACUUUGGUGAAGCUUAUCAUCCAGAUGUAUGUAAUGGAAAUCCUAAUUACAAGCCAGGAAGAACACUUCCCUACACUCCUUACAGUAAUAAUAAUGAUAGAUAGGCAUCAUAUAAAAAUUUAGAUAUAUUUAGCUUUGGGAUGGUCCUUUCAGAAAUAGUUUUCGAUACAUAUCCUGUAGAUUUCAAAAGAGGAGCUUUACAUAAGCUUGAAGAGAAAUUUUCAAGAGGAGAUAUAAGGGGAAGAUUAGUUAAAAACUAUUAGAGACAUUUCGGACCAAAACAUAUUAUAAACCUUCUCCAUUGCUUAAUCUUUCGUUGCAUAGAUGAAAAAGAAAACAGACCUACAAUCGAUUGGAUUAUUUUAAUAGUAAAAACAUUAUAAAAUUAAGUAGAAAAAAUAUUUUCUUAUCAUUUUCCUUACAAAUGA